AUGGAGGAGGUUGAGGAGCAGUAUGUUGAGCCUGCACAUGAUGAUGCGGAUGAUGUUGUUGAUGCUGAUGAUUUUGAGCCUGAGCAGGAUCAGCAGCUCGGAUUCCCCGGAGAACCAGUGGUGACAUCUAUGUUGACACAAUAUGAACACCAUGUGGCUCGGAGGAUAUGGGAAGGAGAGGAUCGUGGGUCGUUAAAGGUUAUUACUCAUGGAUCGAAGUUGAAUAAGUUUUCUAAAGUUCCUGUGUCAGAUCCUGUAUUGCAUUGGAUUCGAGAAUUUGGACUGCUACCUCUCUCUUCAGCUUAUCUCACUAUGGCUGAUGUUGGUCUGAUAUCUGCCUUUGUUGAAAGGUGGCAUAGAGAGACCAGCUCAUUUCACAUGCCAUUCGGGGAGAUGACAAUCACAUUGGACGACAUGGCAAAUCUUCUUCAUAUCUCACCUCGUGGUAAAUUUUUUGAUGCACCUGUAAAUAUGAAUACUAAUAAUGCUGCUAGAGCUGCCUAUGAGCACUUAGGUGCAACAUGGGAGGAAGCACUAGCAGAGAUUAAUUAUAAUAAAUGUGCCCAAUAUAGACUGCAAUGGUUGCGUGAUUUAUAUAGUCGUCUCAUUCAGACUAACCAGUUUGAGUAUGCAGCUAGAACGUACAUGUUGCAUUUAGUUGGCAGCACUAUUUUUGCUGAUAAAACACAUACACGCGUGGAGGCGGAAUAUUGCUGGAUUUACGAGCACUUCCCUAGCAUUUGUAAGCGGGGCGAUAGAGGAGCGGUUCCUGCACAUCUUCUAAGAGCAUGUAGGUGGACUGCGAAACAUGUUGUUGAAGGCGGAUUGAUGACAUAUCGUCGGAGACUUGAUGCUUUGUCGCUCGAGGAUAUUUCGAUGUUCUCCGGAUACCUUCGAUUUGGUGGAGUCUCAGUCAUGUAUCUGCCAGAGCGAUGUCUUCGACAGUUUGGUCGUAUUCAGUGCAUUUCGCGUGACGUUCCUCGGGUGCUGAACAUUAUAGAUUGGGAGUGGCAGUCUACUAUGAGAUCAUCUGUAGCUGCCUUUCAGAGCCUACAUUAUGUUGCCAAUUUUCCUGGAAAGAUCACUACAAAUUACUAUGCAUGGUACUUAAAUUUAUCACAUCCUCUGAUCCACCAUCCACCUACUGUUGUUGCACAUGCUGGUCCAUCAUCUUCUGUACAUGCUGGUAAAGACCGUAGAGCAGAUGAGCUUGCACGUAGGGCCUUAGAUAUGGUAGCUCCAUUUAGUGAGAUUCAAGACAUAUUAAGUGAAUUAUGCCGCUUGUAUGACAAUUAG